AGAUUUCUUCACACACUUUCACAAAACAAAUAAAAUUAUUACAAACUUCGAAGCAUUUCAAACACAAAUUUACAAACUCUGAAACUCACAUUCAUCACAAAGCACACAAAUCAUCCAUUUCUCCAUAAACUAUGAAUUAAUACCGCAAGGUUCUAACCGGAGAUCUCAAUGGAUUUGACCUCCGGCUUCUUCACCUCCUCCUUGGGAACCGUCACGGUGAGCACUCCGUUCUCCAUGGACGCCUUCACCUGGUCCAAUUUUGCGUUCUCCGGCAGCCGGAACCGGCGCAGGAACUUGCCGCUGCUCCGCUCCAGGCGGUGCCACUUGUCGUCCUUCUCCUCCUUCUCGCUGCUCCUCUCGCCGCUGAUCUGCAAAAUCCUCCCUUCCUCCACCUCCACCUUCACCUCCUCCUUCUUCAGCCCCGGCAGAUCCGCCUUGAACACGUGGCUCUCAGGCGUCUCCUUCCAGUCGAUCCGCGCGUUUGCGAACGCUGACGUCUCGCUCGGCGUGCUGACGGCGUUUGAAAACGGGAAUCCCUGGAAGGGGUCCCAGAAAUCGAGAGAGAACGGGUCGGGAACGUGGCUCCGGGAGCGACCUCCGAAGAAGCUUGGAAUCAGAGAAAUUUUACCACAAACAAAGCGAGAACUAAUUCGAACUUCUGUUUGAUUGAUUGAUUAAAUGGUGUUGAUACUCUGAGCAGAUUCUUUUUUUUUCGAUGAGAAAAAGGGGGAGCAGAGAUGGCGUUUAUAUACGGAAGAGACGAUGGUGCCUGAACCUUCGAGGAGCUUCUCCAGAGCCUUGGUCCCCAACAGCUCAAAUACAUGACGGUCCUCAGAGACUCCUCGGAGCGCUUCAAUUGCUCGUCUCGCAGCUUGGCGGAGACGGCGGAGGGAGAAGGCAGCCUGGUGGCGUGCUGGGAGUAGGAGCGGAGGUUGGAUUUGGCAUGCUGGUGGAGCAGUCUGAAAGCGUAGUUCCAUCUGGCGAAGCCUUGGUCCUUCAGGGCCUCCACCGUCCCCACGCUCGCCGCCACGAUCCACCUUCUGCUGCUGCUUCCUAAGCUCAUUCUUCCUUUCUUCUGACUUUAUAUUGAAUUGCCGGCUGUGAUUGUAUUGG